AUGGGGUUUCUUCUAAUGGUGACACUGAAACAUGCGUAGGAAAUUUAACAAGGCGUUACAUACCACGUACUGAUCCAUUGGGAUGUUAUGUUUUUAAUGACUCCACUAUCGAUGGUUUUGAUGGUCUUAAAAGUAUAGGACUUUCCGAUCCAUACAAAGACAGAGAUGGUAAUCUUAUGGAUCCUGGAUUAUGUACAAUUCAUUGUGCAAACUAUGGGUUUGCAUAUUCAGGCUUGAGAAAGGGUGGAAGCUGUCGUUGCGGGGGAUCUACUGCCCUUAUAACGUAUACCAAAUUAAAUGAUACUUUAAGUAAAACGGUCUGCAAUUUAACUUGCAUCGGAAAUUCAAGUUAUAUAUGUGGAGGUGAUGAUGGUUACACUAUUUAUCAAGAAGCAAUUCCAAUCGAUAAGCAACCACAAAUAAGUGCAGCGGAAAAAGUCUCAAUUAUUCGUAACCUAAAAAAUAUUAAAACAUAUAAUGGGUGUAUUAGAGAUUCUCCAUACUGUAACCAAAGAGCCUUAACUGGUUCAAAAAAAGAAUUCAGCAGUUUAAGUAUUGAUGAUUGUAUAACCUUCUGCAAGAAUAAUAAUUAUAAAUAUGCUGGAUUAGAAAUUGGUUCACAGUGUUUUUGCGACAAUAAUUUCGACAGCCUAAAUAUGCUUAAUCCAGAAGAAUGUAGCUCCAGUUGUAUUGGAAAUAAAUCUGAGCUGUGCGGUGGCCCACUCGCGCUGUCAAUUUAUAGUGUGCCUCCGGAUCCUCCAGAGGACCCUCGCCUUAAAAUCGGACUUGGUGUUGGAAUUCCUCUAUUCAUAAUAGCUGGUGCUGUGUUAUUGCUUUGCUUUUAUAAGAGGAAACAACGCAAAAAUACUGAUGAAAAAAAAACUA